AUGAAGACCGUCCAAUGGAUUUUGGGAGCAUGGAGCUGCUUCUUGUUUGUGAUGGGAGCACAAGGCCGUAACUUGCGAACGGCAGAAGAAGACGCGGCGAUUCCACGACGACAAUGGAGAUUUCUGCCGCGAGAACUAGUCGAAGACUGUUGCAUUAACUGCUUUUGUCAAGAUGGCGAGAACGAAGGAACACAGUAUUGCGAUUGUGACUGCAGUGCUUGCAAUGUUGGGAAAACACUGCAAGACAAUGACUAUCAAGGAGUGGACCACUACGAUCAAUUCCUGGCUUCGCCCGCCGACAAUGACUCGACAGAAUACUACGAUGCGCAUUACCGUGACGACGAUGACUACUAUCCCAACGUAUCCGGCAAAAAAACUGCCAGCAGCAGCAGCAAAGGUAGUUUACGUAGCGGAAGCAGAAGUGGUGAGGGUAAAGGAAGCAAAUCUAAAAGCAAAGGAAGCGGAUCAAAAGGCAAGGGCGGAAAAGGUCACUAUCAGUCCUCUUCUUCUAGAAGUCAUGGAAAGGGUUCUGGAAGUGGCUCUGGGUCCUCUUAUGAGAGCCAUCACGGAAAGGGCCAUGGAAGUGGCUCUCGGUCCUCGUAUGGAAGCAAAGGUGGUACCGGUAGUGGCAGCAAAGGGGUGAGUGGCAGCAGUUCUGGAUACCGGUACUACGGAAGCAAGGGCAGCAGUGGGAGCUCUGUAGGCAGUGGCUAUGGAAUUAAUUAUUAUGACGACGACGACUACGGCUCUCUCAGCGCUUCCAGGAACAGUGGAUCCAGGUCCGGUAGCAAAGGGGCAUCAGGCUCCAGAUCUACCAGCAAGGGAGCAUCAGGCUCGCGAUCCGAUUCUGCUGACUUAAAACCCAUACCGGUACCAUUACCAUAUGAUUCAGCCAGUGGAUCAUCGGGCUCUGUUUCUGCCGACACUGUAUCGUCAAUCUCCAUAUAUGAUACCGUCGAUGAGACAUCCGGUUCUACCGACAGUGAAAGUUACGAAUCCACAAUCGUGGAAUUCGAGGUUGAUGAUGGUUACCUUGAGGAUACCGUCGGUGAGACAUCCGGUUCUACCGACAGUGAAAGUUACGAAUCCACAAUCGUGGAAUUCGAGGUUGAUGAUGGUUACCUUGAGGUCGCAGACGAUGAUGACUACUACAACUGA